GCCUGGCAGGAGCGCCUGCGCUGUGUUGAACCUGUCUUUGAGUUCAGGCUCACACUCAUGUUGUGAGUCUGUCUGCCUGCCACCCCCAGGUGCGGUAUGUCUGUCUUGUCCAUCUGUGGAAGAGUUCCCAAACCCUAGGCUCUUCUUCCAAAGGCUGGGGGCAGGGGGGGGGGAGAGAGAAAAUAGGGGAGAAUUCGUCAAAACGUGCACUUUUCAUUCACUGCUGUCGCUGCAACUCUUGGGACUGCUGGCUGUGCCCCCAAGUUAGAAGGGAGCUUUGCUCCAGCUGAGUACAGGGUACUCGGCUCCCCCCUCCCCCCACACACCCACAGCUGGGGGUAAGCUUCCGGCCUCAGGUUCGUGGUUUGCCCUGAGGUUUCAGGCCAGACAGCUCCCAGUCGAGCUGGGAGGGCGGGGGAGAGUAGAGCGGCUCGGGCCUCUUAAUUGUACUUCGAACCCGUUAUUGCCUCUCCUUUUGCCACCUCGGCUUCCUCAGUCUGGGCUCCAAAGUCACUGCAAAUUUCCUUGUGACACACAUCACAGAAAGAUCAGCCCGUUACGAUGUCGGCGACGGGGCCCAUCAGUAACUAUUACGUGGACUCGCUCAUCUCGCACGACAAUGAAGACCUGCUGGCGUCCAGGUUUCCGGCCACCGGGGCGCACCCGGCCGCCGCCAGACCCAGCGGCUUGGUGCCCGACUGCAGCGACUUCCCGUCGUGCAGCUUCGCGCCCAAGCCCGCCGUGUUCAGCACGUCGUGGGCGCCCGUGCCCUCGCAGUCGUCGGUGGUCUACCACCCGUACGGCCCCCAGCCCCACCUCGGCGCCGACGCGCGCUACAUGCGGACUUGGCUCGAGCCGCUGUCGGGCGCCGUGUCCUUCCCCAGCUUCCCGGCCGGCGGCCGCCACUAUGCCCUCAAGCCCGAUGCCUACCCCGGCCGGCGCGCCGACUGCGGCCCCGGAGACGGCCGCAGCUACCCGGACUACAUGUACGGCUCGCCCGGGGAGCUGCGCGACCGCGCCCCGCAGACCCUGCCCUCGCCCGAGGCGGACGCGCUGGCCGCCGGCAAGCACAAAGAGGAGAAGGCCGACCUGGACCCCAGCAACCCCGUGGCCAACUGGAUCCACGCCCGAUCCACGAGGAAGAAGCGCUGCCCUUACACCAAGUACCAGACGUUGGAACUGGAAAAGGAGUUUCUCUUCAACAUGUAUUUAACCAGGGACCGUCGGUACGAGGUGGCCCGGGUUCUUAACCUCACCGAGCGGCAGGUCAAAAUCUGGUUUCAGAACCGGAGGAUGAAGAUGAAAAAGAUGAAUAAAGAGAAAACCGACAAGGAGCAAUCCUAAGGCCUGCCUGGCCUGCCAAGGGGAGACAGAACAAAACAAAACAAAAUAGAAGCCCACCAAGCACCGCAGCCCAGGCGGGGAGAGCAAGAAAAGGAAAAGGAAAGAGCAAGAUAGAGAAAAGCCAGUCAGCUUAAAAAAGAAAAUAAACAAUAACAAUAAGGGAGGGAAAGGAAAGCUCUUGCGGUUUGGGAGGGUUCAGCGUUGAGAUAUUGGGGUUGUAGAGUUAGUUCUACUCAGCAAGGAGGAGGAGGCAGGGAGAGAAUCCACAUUCUCUGCUCCCAGCGCAACUGAAAUAAAUGACACACACAAAUGUGAUUUUUUUCUCCUUUCUUCAGAGAAGCCACUACUUGAAUUGUUAUAUCUCUAUUUUUUUUGUCCUGUAUUGUAUUUGGUCCAGGCUGUCUCUCCUCAGGGCUGGGGGUGCUCUGUGUGCAGAUUUUGUACAAAAAAAAAGAAAGACACAUAACACACACACACAAUAAGGACUUGCAGCCCAGUAGCUUCGGUCGAGAGCCAGCUCCAUGCCGCAGGCUGGGCCCGCCGGCGCUGGCCAGUGCCUCGGGUGUGUACAUAGUCGUUUCGUCCUAUCCCGGCGUCUGUCCUGUAAUGUGCUUCUGUUUGUUACGGUAGAACAGCUCUGUGUUAAUAUAUCGAAGUCACUUAAAAAACACAAAACCCAA